UUUGUUUCUCGCCAUAUUCGCUGGCCGGUUAGGAAGAGUGAGCAGUGCUGGUUUUGUACUUCCGAGAGAAUCCGCGUUAAUCUGAGUGAUAAAUGCUCAAGAAUCUCAGUGGUUGAAGGGCCAGCCGGUCUGUAGGUUGUUUAUCUUUUAGUCUGAUGCGGUUUUGAGCGCUUGAGGAGAUUCGGGAGCUGAAAAAACGACGUUAAUUGAGCCCCCACCCCUGAGAGAGAAAAGACAAGGAGCCAGACCUACGACAGCGGCUUCAGCAGCGUGUACACCGGUGUAAUCCCCGCCGUAGGCGGAUUAUUACCUUUAUUUCGCAUUGCUGCUUCGUGUGAGAGACCAUGGCGUGUGGAGCCACCCUAAAAAGGACUAUGGACUGGGACCCAGUGUUGAACCCGGCUUCCCCCAAGCGGAGACGCUGCGCCCCGGUGUCCCCGGCUUCCUCCCCGCAGAAGUACCUGCGGAUGGAGCCUAGCCCGUUUGGAGAAGUGUCCAGACUCAGUACAGAGCAAAUCCUGUUUAACAUAAAGCAGGAGUACAAACGGAUGCAGAAGAGACGACACCUGGAGAGUUUCCAGCCCUCGGACACCUGCUGCCCGCUCGAGUCACAGCCAAGCACAUCCCUUUCAGCACACACCGCGCUGACAGGUUUAUCUGCUGGGUCAUCAUCCCCGUCCCGAAAAGAGCAGCCGUUAUUUACUUUGAAACAGGUGGGAAUGAUCUGCGAGCGGCUGCUGAAGGAGCGAGAGGAGAAAGUGAGAGAGGAGUAUGACGAGAUACUUACCACUAAACUUGCAGAACAGUACGAUGCUUUUGUGAAGUUCACUCAUGAUCAGUUAAUGCGGCGGUUUGGAGAGCAGCCGGCCAGCUAUGUGUCCUGAGGGGGUCAGGUGGUUCUGGGUGCUGCUGUUGCUUUGGCCUGGUCGCUCACAGAUGUACCUGUGAUGUCCGUGGCGAUGCAGUGAGGGUUUUUGGGCUGUCUGUGAAGCCCCGUCCCCUUCACUCCCACCGGGCACAGAGUGUUUCUCAGGCUUCUGUCUGUGAUUUGAAACCCCCCCUCUCUCCUACUUCCCCCAGCAGCUGCCUGCUAAUUGGAGUGCUUCCUGCCGUCAACACCAAUUACAUCAGUCUUUUGCAAAACUAAUUCAGAUUUGUGGCCUCUCUCAUUUACUCAGAUAUUUAUUAGGUUUUUCCUCUUGAUGCCUUUUUUAACAUUUACACAUGGUUUCAUCUCUGUUUUUCUUCUUUUUUUUUUAAUACAAAAUGCUCAUGUAAAGUUGACUGUACCAUGACUGUGUGUGUAUGUGUGCGUGUGUGUUGUGGCCGUUUGGUCACUGCAGGGCGCAUGUAGCUCUGACCUAUUAGCUUUGUAAAAACGCAUCUGGGAUCUCCUCAGGAUUUCUCAUGUACAAAUCACUCAACAUAUUUAGAUUGAAGUCUCUUUUUUUGUUAUUUUUGGUACCCUCCCACUUGCUUUUAUUUAUUUUUUAUUUUCAUUUUUAUUUCAUUUUUCUCCAACAUUAUGGUUUUACAGCUUGUGUACUUUAAAUUGCUUUUAUGUUGAGAAAAUAUUCAAUAAAUUGUUUACAUGA